UUGUUUACCAAAUUCAACCAUAAAACGUUAUCUUGGAUACGACGUACAUUAUUAUGUUCAGCGCGCUAUUAACCCCCCUCUUAUUUCACUGACACAAGUGUAUGCAUAUUCUUGAUGCACACGAUAAACAGGAUGUGGACAUCUUCACCAAAGCUUCGCAAGGAUAUAAAUUAGUUAAACGUUCUGCACGUGUGUGGAUUGUGGGGUUUUUUUGUUGUUAUUUUUUCGUCUUCCUUUCUUUCCAAUGAAAUAUGAACGCUGCGGCGAAGCUUGUGAAAAAGGCUCUAACGGAUCACCGGAUUUCCCUCAAUGUCGGGGGUGUGGUCUUCGAGACGAUGUCGAGCACCCUCCAGAAGUUCCCUGGGACCCGCCUGGCCACCCUGGCGGUGAUGCACGAGAAGGACGAGAAUUGGGACGGCGAGAGGAAACAGUUCUUCUUCGACAGACACCCCGGCGUGUUCUCCUUCAUCAUCCACUACUACAGGACGGAGGAGCUGCACAUAGAACAUAACAUAUGCGGCAAUAUUAUUAAGGGGGAACUCGAGUUCUGGGGUCUGACCGAGCUGGACAUUGAGCCGUGCUGCUGGGGCCAGUACAACAGAUACAAGGAGAACAAGGACACUCUGGCCGCCCUCGACGACAACUUCACCGUCAGCGUGGACAACGAGGCCUGGGGCGAGAAACCGUCCAGCUUCAACAAGUUCAAGAUGAAGGUGUGGUUGUUCUUAGAGGACCCGAACUCGUCCAGGGCAGCAAAGAUCUAUGCAGUGAUUUCCAUGUUCUUCGUUUUGCUGUCUAUCGCGACAUUCUGCCUGGAAACACACCCCUGGUUCCGCGUCUUGCGGCCCGGAGCCAUACUACCCAAUACUACAGCUCUAGAAAAUGCCAGGACAGUUGGCGACAACACCUGCUACUGUCAGUGCAGAGUCAACAAUGACCUGCCGUACCACCUGAGCGACCCUCACGACGCCAUGCGCUACCUGGACUACCUGUGCGCGGCGUUCUUCACCAUGGAGUAUAUGGUCCGCCUGUACUUCGCGCCCAAGAAGCUGGUCUUCUUCCGGAGCCUCAUGAACAUCAUCGACAUCCUGUGCCUGCUGCCGCACUUCAUCGCCAUCAUCAUGAAGACCGUCAACCCCGACGACAGCACGAGCCAGAUAUUCAAGUCGGUGGUGGCGCUGAGGAUCGUGCGGAUCCUCAGGAUCUUUAAGCUGAUGAAGCACUACGCGGCAUUCAAGAUCCUCGUCUACACCAUCAAGGUCAGCACCAAGGAGCUGCUCCUCCUCGUCAUCUUCCUCUUCACCGGCGUCCUCAUCUUCGCCAGCCUCAUCUUCUACGCAGAGAGCACGACUUUCCCAAACAUCCCCGUCGGCUUCUGGUGGGCGCUGGUCACCAUGACGACCGUGGGUUACGGGGACAAGGUGCCGAGGACUGAGGGCGGGUACCUGAUCGGGUCCUUGUGUGUGCUGUGUGGAGUCCUCACUGUUGCCUUCACAGUUCCGAUCGUGGUGAAUAAUUUUACGCUGUACUAUUCGCACGCCCAGUCCAGAGUCCGGCUUCCCGAGAAGACGAGGAAAGAGCUUCAGAAGAGGAUUAUAAAGAAGAAUCAGAAAGCUUCGGAGUUUAUUCAGAAAUUGACUAUGAACGUGCAUCACAAACAGACUAAAGAGCCCUUUAAUGGGGUCCCGGGAUUAAAGACUCCUCGGGAUCCCGCGGAAGAUAAACCGCCACCUAAAUCGAUGGCUGGUGCUUCGUACAAGCAAGCAGCUAGUGUUAGCAAAAAUUCAAAAUGGAGUGGGCUUGCGCACGGAUCAAGGGUUAUUACAAUAUCGGAACAUGUUCCUGAACUCUCCCCAAAUGCGUCCCCUAAGGAUCUACCGGGAACACCUAUAAGCAUAGAGCUGGAACCAAAAUCGCUGCAGCACAUGGAGACCGAACAGCUGCUGCACGAUCUACACGGGGCGAACGAAAAGCUUAAGGAGGAGAGGAAGCGUCAGCUGGACCUGAUCAAGAUCAGACGAGAGGAGAAGAGGCAGGCGAAACUCUCUCCCAGACCCUCACCCGCUCCCGCAGCCUCGGCCAGACCCAACAAAGACAAUGAAUAGAUUAACAAGAAAACAGCACAAGUUUCUUCAUACACAGAGUAAAGGAACAUAAUUCCGCUGCUUUAAAAACGAAAGAUGGACAGCAAGAUUAAUUAUGCUAGAACUUCAAAUGCUGGGUCGUCCCUAAACAAAAACAACUAGGAUGGUUUUCUUCAUCUACACAAAACGAACAUUUUUUAUUAUUUACAAGAUACAUUUUUUCAUAUUCUGAACUCAGUUGGGUACAGCCCUAGGACAUUUCAUCAUAUUAUGUAACUUUAUCAUAUUUGUUUUUUUAAUUAUUUUUUAUUAUUAUUAUUAUUAUUACUAUUAUUAUUAUUAUAGAAUUGUUGUUGAAGUUGUAACGAUGCUAUUGUUACAAAUCAACGAAAAACAAAAUGCAACGCAAAAUGUUAACAGUUCCAUGGCAAGGAUACUUUUUAUUAUACUGUUUCAUACUGUUUAAGAUAUACUGAUAUUAUUCUAUAACCCGUUUAUCUGUGAUAUUAUUACGAGUGAUGAUUAUUUAGGACACGUGUACAUAAUACCCCCCAAAAAUAUAUUAAUGACGGUGUUGGAACAAUAAAAAUUAACUUAACCAUAAUAUUAUGUUAAUAUUAUAAAAAAAUAUAUUUAAAAAUCGGUUUUGCUCUAGAUAGCGCACUUUGUGAAACAUGCGUACAUAACUUACAGAAGCACGUCAUUAUUAUUUUAUUUAUAUUGCAACAAAACAGAAUACUUUGAUGAGCAUUAACAAUUUAAAGUUUUAAUAUCAAUGAUAAUCUUUAGUACAAGUCUAAACAUUUUGACAUCAGUUUUAUAAAACAAACUCCCAUUCUUCCAUUCGUGUCAAUAGGGCAUCCUCUGCAACAAACCUAUAUCAAAUCAUUUGAAGUAACUAGGAAAAUAGUUGCUUGGUUUUGUUCUUUUAUUAUUUUUAUUUUUAAAUAAAAUGUAUAAUACAAAAUUUCUAUUCUUCGAGCAUGAUUAAGAUUCCACAUCACCAUUAAUUACUCCAUGCAGGUCCCUUCAACUUCUAAGGUUACACAUAACCAUUAAUUACUCCAUGUAGUUCAAUACAAUUUCUAAGGUGUGUAAUUAUUCCAUACAGUUCAAUAAAAUUUCUAAGGUUACACACCACCAUUAAUUACUCCAUGUAGUUCAAUACAAUUUCUAAGGUUACACACCACCAUUAAUUACUCCAAGCAGUUCAAUACAAUUUCUAAGGUUAUACACCAUCAUUAAUUACUCCAUGCAUUUCAAUACAAGUUCUAAGGUUAAACACCACCAUUAAUUACUCCAUGCAGUUCAAUACAAUUUCUAAGGUUACACACCAUCAUUAAUUACUCCAUGCAGUUCAAUACAACUUCUAAGGUUAAACACCACCAUUAAUUACUCCAUGCAGGUCCCUUCAACUUCUAAGGUUACACAUAACCAUUAAUUACUCCAUGUAGUUCAAUACAAUUUCUAAGGUGUGUAAUUAUUCCAUACAGUUCAAUAAAAUGUCUAAGGUUACACACCACCAUUAAUUACUCCAUGUAGUUCAAUACAAUUUCUAAGGUUACACACCACCAUUAAUUACUCCAAGCAGUUCAAUACAAUUUCUAAGGUUACACACCAUCAUUAAUUACUCCAUGCAUUUCAAUACAAGUUCUAAGGUUAAACACCACCAUUAAUUACUCCAUGUAGUUCAAUACAAGUUCUAAGGUUAAACACCACCAUUAAUUACUCCAUGCAGUUCAAUACAAUUUCUAAGGUUACACACCAUCAUUAAUUACUCCAUGCAGUUCAAUACAAGUUCUAAGGUUAAACACCACCAUUAAUUACUCCAUGCAGUUCAAUACAAGUUCUAAGGUUACACACCACUAUUAAUUACUCCAUGCAGUUCAAUACAAUUUCUAUCAGAAUAUAUUCUGUGAAAAAUGCAACACUAUCGGGAGGAUCACGUGACUACUAAUUUUAGGGAAUGCUCUCAACUGAGAAGCACCGUGUCGACCAAUAUGGUUUUCAAUUAGCCACCCUCAUGUCUGAGCACCGCCUCGUGUUGAUGUUACACAGGUGGCACUAUACCACUUGCACAGUUGUUAUACGUUAGUACGUCAUAUAUAACAAGUUACUUCAAACCAAUGGGUUAUUUAAAGACUAUACAGAGGU